AAAGGCCGUUAUACAAGCCGGAAACAUGACCCGGCGAGCGACUACGUAACUCGCUGCAGACGGAUUCAUGCAACAUCUGCCAAUACCAGUAUUUUGUCUUGAAAAACUCCUUUGGAAAGUGGCCUAAAUGUCCGAGAUAAUUGUAUAGCCUAAGAAAUGCGCAUACGUUUGUACAACGCAAGGCUUCGCUACUUCUUGGAUAAGUGGCCGGGGAAGCGUUACUUGGGCAUGUACCGCUUCCUGCCCAUGUUCUUUGUUCUUGGAGCUGCCCUCGAGUUUUCCAUGAUUAAUUGGCAUGUUGGAGAAGUGAAUUUCUAUCGCACCUACAAGAAACGGCAAGCACAAGACAUUGCUCUACAGGAACUACAAGACGAAGGAUUGUUGCCGCAGUAAAUACCAAAACACAGAAUCUGGUCUUUAACGAAACAAGAACAAUCAAAGAUCCUCUGCAUUUGAAACUGGUGCAUCACAAGUUUUGUUAACAAAAAUGCCAGCUGGUGUCACAUGGGGGCGUUACCUGCGCUUUGCUUGUGCUGCUUACAUAACUAUGAUGGCAGGGUCUCAAACAGUGCAUUAUUAUUAUCGCCCACUUGAUGAUCUGGAGGCGCAUGUUAAGAUGCAUAAGGAGCGUUUAUUGCAAGAACAUCUCAUGGUAGUUAGUGCAAAAGAAGAAUUGCAGAUGUCUCUGCAAGAUCAAAAGAGUUGAGGAUUAUUUUUUUU